AUGUUUAUUUUUAGCAACACAGAAAAGGUAGCCAAGACGAGCGAUACGGAAACAUUUCGCGAGACAAUGUUUAAGAAGCGUCACCUGUUCAACAACCCGCGGAAAAAGGAGACGUACAUGUUGCUCAUCUACUCGGCUCCAAACAUGGCAGACGAGAUUGAAAUUGUACGUCCAACGGACGAGGAAUCCAAACGCCUCUUUGUCGGUCAAAAAUACGUCAUGGAAUUUAAAAGCAAGCACAAGUUUGAAAAACUGAGACUUCUCAAUUAUAAAAUGAUAGGCUUAAUCACAGUUGAACGUAUGUUGGGCAACGCCACCACUGUUGAGAUGCCGAAGGAAGUCAAAAAUAUAAAAAUUGGUAUCAGACUUCUCAAACAUAGUUCAAAUAUUGGAGAGGCCUUUGAAGAAGAUCUUUGA